CGGAGGUUGGUCCACUGUUACGAUUAAGUGCAUCGCAAUGAAAGUUUUGAUCUUAGUAAGUUGUGCCCUUGCUGUGGCAUCAGCAGGUUGGUCACCGUACGCUUACGCCCCAUGGGCCCAACACAUCCCCGUCAUCGGGCCAAACGGAGUCCCAGUCGACACACCCGAAGUCCAAGCGGCUAAAGCCCACCACGCCGCCGCUCACCUAGAAGCCGCCUCACGCUCCGGCCACGCCGUCGCCCCCCUCGGUUACUACGGAGUACCAGUGAUCGGACACAACGCCUUGCCCCUGGACACCCCCGAAGUGGCCGCCGCCAAGCUCCAACACCACCACGACUACGCCGUGGCCGCCCAGAGAAACGGCGUCCACGUGCCCCUCAUCGCCGGCCCGUCCGUCCACCCCAUCGACACCCCCGACGUCCAACUAGCCAAAGCCGCCCACUUCGCCGCCCACGCCGAAGCCAGAGUCCGCGCCGGCCACCACUACAGAAGAAGACGCGGAAUCUACACCGGACCCCAACACAUUCCCGUAAUCGGCCCGAACGGCGUGCCCGUCGAACCCGUGGAAGUCCAGCAGGCCAGAGCUGCCCAUUUGGCCGCCCACGGACACGGCCACGUCUACGCUCCGGCCAUUCAACACGCUCCAGUUUACGGAUCACCGUGGGCCCACACUUACCCGGCCAUCGGACACGACGGUCAGCCCAUCGAAACUCCGGAAGUGCAGGCACUGAAGGCCCAUCACUUCGCCGCCCACGCCGAAGCCAGUGUCCGUGCCGGUCCUUACGGUCCGGCCUAUGCAGGACCUUAUGCCCACUUGACUUUGGGUGCCAACGGGGCUCCGGUUGAUACUCCCGAAGUACAACACGCCAGAGCCGCCCAUUUGGCAGCCCACGCCGCCGCCGCGACCGGACACCACUACUAAGAACGCUUUCGCAAGCGAUUAGGGUUAAGAUUUAUGAGAUGCUGCCGAUAUUUGGAAUUUUUUCCAUAUCAAAUACAACUUUUCCCUUUUUUCUAUAAAAAAAGAUUAAGUUAUAUUUGUGUUGUUAACUAGCCAGAUGAUUGUUAUUGCGUAAUUUUACGUUUUUCUUGUGUUACUCUUGUACAUACAUUUUUUUUGUAAAGUGAAUGCCAAAAUAAAAAGUGCAAUAAAAUUUAAAAUU